AUGCCUUGUGAACGUACAAAUUGGAGAGUUGUCUACCUGAUGGGAGUCUUCUCGCUCAUUCAGAAUACACAAUAUUCUAUUUAUCUCACGUCGAUGUUUUCAUAUUUAAAGAAAUUGGACUCUACUGCAACUGAGUCUCAGUUUGGAUGGAUUAUGGCAACUUCUAGUCUCGGUCAUUGCAUUGGAUGUUUCAUUUUAGGAUGGUGGAAUAGUAGAGCCAAUAAGAGUGCUCCUCCAAUGCACUGCGGUUUCUUGCUGAUGCUCGCUUCUAAUCUCGUUUAUCUUCUGGUAGACUGUGUUCCCGCUAACUGGGUUGCCCAUGUAAUGAUGUUCUCAAGACUUCUCGGCGGUUUCGGAAUGGGAAACUCAAGUCCGAUGAGAACUUGUGCAUCUCUUCAUUCAACAUCUUCUGAUAGAUCUAAAGCGAUGGCAUCGAUUUCUGGAGGAAGAUCAGUUGGAACUGUGGUUGGACCUGGUCUACAACUUCUUUUCCUUCCCCUUGGAGAAGUUGGAUUUAUUAUUCUUCCUGGAUUUUUGUCACUUCAUUCUAAUAACGCUCCUGCUUUCCUUGGAAUCGUAUUGACAAUGGUUGGAUUUGUCUCUCUGAUUGUUUUGUUCGAAGAAGAAGUUUCGGAGGAAUCGGACAAAAAAGCAAUUGCUGACUUUGAGAAUCAAUAUAAUACUGUUAAGCACGAAUACCCGAGCUCCGACGUGAUUGCCAUGUUGAUCUGCAUGCUCACUCGAUUCGUUCAAAACUUCAUGCAAAUUUCUAUUGAAACGCUUGCCCCAGCGAUGUUGAUGAUGAUGUAUUUUCAGACAAGACAGGAAGCAGUUGCUAGUAUGGCAACCACCUAUUUGACAACUGGAUUCAUCGCUACGGUUCUUUAUCUUCUCAUCAUUUUCACUAAAUUGUCGACAAUUGUUCGCGACAAGAUCUUCAAUUCUCUAGUUCUUCUCCUCUUCGUCUGUCAUCUUCUUGCCACAUAUUCUUGGCAAUUCUACACAAAUGACGUUCUAGAUAUAGAGUUUUCCAAUGAAACUCUCACCGGAUGCGAUGAAACUCAUUUCACAUGGUGCUCCCAUUUGACCAUUUCUCCAGAAUGGGCAUUUUAUGUCGGAUAUAUUCUUAGCUUUGGGCUUUUCAUGCCAUUCAUCAACGUGGCAAAUGCAACUCUCUACUCGAAACUUUUAAAUCCAGAUUGUCAAGGAACACAACAAAGUUUAUAUGAUAUUUCAAACACAACAGCUAGAAUCUUUGCCCCGAUUUUCAUCACAUUAGUCUACUCUGCAUAUGGUCCACGAAGAGCAUGGGAGUUCCUCUGCAUCCUUCUUCUUUUCACAACGUUCCUUUGGAUUAUUUUCGACAAGCGACUUGUUCCACUCAAGCCAAUUCAGAAACAAGUGUUCGACAACGAUGGAUUCGAACAAGAAAAAUCGUCGAAAACGAAGUUGGUGUCUUGA